GACCCGUGACACACAAAUGCUCUUUCUCCAUGUGAAAGACCCCUCAUCUACGGGAAAAAAAUCUUUCAGAUUCACUGUUAAAACUAUGAUGCCACAAUCCACCUUCUUUGACGAACCCGAGGCUGAACAACCAAACCAAUCUUUUAUCGCCCAACUCCUCAUAUCCACAUUCCCAAUUCUUUCACACACAUCAUUCUCAACACCGACAGCCUGCCCUAGAUCUAUAGCUUGACUAUCUCAGACAAGCCAGUAAGUAGCAACCGCUCUCCCACAGUCUAGACAUUUAAAAGAAAGACGUUCUCUCACCAUUCCCCUCAUCUCCAACUGUCAGUCUUGCAAGAUCGGAAGACCUCCUCCAUCUCUCCGUCCGCUGCCGCCAAAUUCUUCUUCUUUCCCACUUAGACACCAAGGACCCUGCUCACUUUUAAAGAAGACUAGCUUAUCACAUUGUCUUCAAUAGUCUAUCUAUCGAGUUAGGAGACUUCAACAAUACAACCAUACACAUAAGAUAUACACUAUACAACAACAGCUUGCUCAUCAUGGCUCCAGCUUCCAACGAAGAGCAGUUCAAGUUCCUUAUUAGCUGUAUUCGAUACAGCAACAAUGGAAAGGUAGACUUCGGUCAAGUAGCCAAAGAAUGCAAGAUCGUCACCAAAGGCGCCGCCGCAAAACGCUACGAACGCAUGAUGCGCUCCCACGGCAUCGCUCCCAACGCCGCAUCUAUCAAGCCCGCCCCAGGUCCCUCGAACAUGCCCAACCCGAACUCCUCGGCUCCCACCUCCGCACCCCGCAGCAAGUCUUCCAACAAGAAACGCAAGUUUUCCAACGAAGAUGAGAAUGCAGACGAUGAGGAGGAAUCUUCUUCCGGGCAGGGCUCCAACAGAAACAAAGUCAAGAGGGAAGUGAAGAGCGAGAUGAAUGCGAGAAACGCGAUUAAGGAAGAGAUGUACCGAGAGGAUUCUCCGAGCGCGCAGUUGAGAGAGGGAAUGCGGAUGGGGCCGGAACUGGGAGUAGGAUUGUGCGAUAUCAAUAAAGAAUUAAUAAACUUUUAUAGUGGGGAGAGCAGUGCGGCGGGGAGUGUUAGUGGGGAGGUGGGUGAGCUUGAGUUUGGCGAUGUGGAGGGGUAUGCUGGAGUUGGGGGUGCGGGCGGUAUGGGUGCUACUAGUGCGAGCUCUGGUGCUAUGAAUGCCGAUGGUCAGUCGCAGAGUGGAUAUGGUUUUAGCGCGGGUGGAUAUGGUGGGAUGAUGGGCGGACGCGGUAUGAUCGGAAGCGGCACUGGUAUGGGUGGUCACGGUGGACAGAAUAUGAUGGCAUCUAGAAGUCAUGCUGCAGGACCGAAUGGAAUGGCUAUGAGUGCGGAGCAGUAUUGGUCUGUUGGGCAAGGUUAUGAGAGCGAAGGCGGCUCGGAGAGUCCUCUGUUGGUUGAAUAGAAGACGCUGGGUCUUGUUUGGUCGUUGGAGGGUGGGAAUUAUCCGUCGGGAAGAAUGUCGUUGCUUAUGGCGUCUGCGGUUAUGACAUUCUAGGAGAGAAAUUUGUGGCCACUUCUUACGUAGCAUGGAAUUUGCGGAUCUUCAAUUCGUUUGACCGGUGGUGAAUUACGAAAUCAGUAUUUAUGCCUUCAAAACAUGGAAUCAAUGUUGAAUGAAAACUUUCAAGCUAUCAUUGAUACGAUUCCCUAGUUAAUGAAUCUAUUUUUGAGCAUCUAAAUUGUCUUUCUACUCCA